GUCAGUCGGCUCGGUAUUACCACGACGUACGGGUGCGCGUCGCGUCGUUCGAUCAUCGUGUCCUGUUGUCGAUUCUUCGAUAAUAUACCCGUAAUAACAUUGUGCGUAUGUGCACCACAUAAACUUGGUUCUAUCCCUUUGUUAUCACCGAUAAUCCAAAGUUUUGCCAAACUUGUGUGCGCCUACGCAAGCUGGAUAGCGCACUGCGCGGCAAGAGGACAACGAUGUGGCUGUUUCGGAGCCGCUGCUGAGCGAGAGCGAGCAUACACAACAUAUAAUAAUAUAUAUAUACGCAAGUACCAACGAUAAAUUAAUGCUGUAGCUGCGCGGAUCAUCGGCUGGCGGACAGCUCGAGAGUGUUGUUAUUGUUUGUUGUUGCAAAAUAAUAUCGUUUUGCGCGGGUGAGGUUUCGGAGAGUUUGAAGAAAAAAAAAAAAAAAAAGUCGAGAGAAGCCCCAAGAUGUCGACGAGCACGAGGAUCUACACGGACGGUCACGAGAUCGAUGGCAGCUGGGUGCUGAGGAUCUACGUGACCGACCUGAGCGUCGAGCGGAGCUUGAGAGUCAAGGGCGACCUGCACAUCGGCGGUGUCAUGCUGCGCCUCGUCGAGGAUCUAGAGAACCCGAUGGACUGGUCGGACCACGCUCUGUGGUGGCCUGCACGCAACCAUUGGUUGACAAGGACGCGGAGCACCCUAGACCAGUACGGGGUAGCUGCCGACGCCAUUCUCCAGUUCACGCCCAUGCACAAGACCCUGAGGGUCCAGCUGCCCGACAUGCGAUAUCUCGACUGCAGGGUCGACUUUUCCGUAAAGACCUUCAACGCCGUCAUCAAUCUCUGCAAGGAACUCGGCAUCCGACACCCAGAGGAGUUGUCGUUCUGCAAGCCACUGGAACCAAACCACUUGAAGUACAACUUAAAGGACAUGCCCUUGAAGAAGAAAACCGAGAAUCAAAAGAACGGCCACUACGUGCCGGCCGACACGAACACCUUCAUCGCUACGAGCCAGAGCCCGCAGGGUUCGACCGGCAGUCUCGAUCGGUCGAGUCCGUUUAUGUGCGCCCCGAUGACCCCGAUCAGCCACAGAAACAACCAUCACAACGGCACGCCCAUAAGCUCGCCCAUCACGCACACAAGCACCUGGAAGCGCAACAACAACACCCUGGGCUCCGGCAGCUCGUUCAACGCGAACAACAGCACGAUGAGCCUCGAGGCACUGAACGGCGGUCUGAGCGAGCUCCUGGUCCAGAGUCCGUCGUCGGUGUCGCCGGAAGUGCGGGCCAAACUGUUGCGGCCGAAAAACCUCAUCGAACGGGCCCGCAUGAACGUCGGCUGGCUCGACUCUUCCCUCUCGAUAAUGGAACAGGGCAUUCGCGAGUACGACACUCUCAGGCUGCGCUUCAAGUUUUACGCUUUUUACGACCUCAAUCCUAAAACCGACGCUGUCCGCAUCAACAUGAUCUACGAGCAGGCCAAAUGGCAACUCAUCACCGAGGAACUCGACUGCACCGAGGAGGAGAUGCUCAUGUUUGCCGCCCUCCAGGUCCAGAUAAACCUGCAGGCAAGCGCGCCUCAGACGAGUUUCGACAUGUGCAACGGGCAGCAGAACCAGCAACAGCAAUCAGUCGCCGAGGACGACAUCGACGCCGCCCUCACGGAUCUCCAGGUGACGCUCGAGGGCAGCAGCAUAAGCAACGGCCCGUCCGACAUCACCCAGGUGCCCGAGCUCUCCGACUACCUGCGCUUCUUCAAGCCCAAGCGUUUCACCCUCAAGGCCUACAAGCGCUACUGGUUCACUUGUCGCGACCUACAGCUCAGGCUGUUCAAGAGCCGCGAGGACGCGGACAACGGUACCGAGGUACCGUGCCACAUAGUCAACCUCAAGGGUUGCGAGGUCACGCCGGACGUACACUUGUCCCAGGGACGCUACGGGAUCAGGCUCGAGGUUCCCGGUACCGAUGGCAUGACCGAGAUGUGGAUUCGAUGUGAUUCGGAACAACAAUACGCCAAAUGGAUGGCCGCCUGUCGACUCGCAGCCAAAGGCCGUACCCUUGCCGAUGCCUCGUACGAAAGCGAAGUCAACGGCAUCAUAUCUUUCCUCCAACUGCAGAGGCCGGCCCCGGCUCCAGUCAUCAAUCCCAACUCGCUUGGCGACAUCGUGCCCGAGGAAUACGUUGCUCCGAAAUUCGCCAAGAAACUGAAAAACAAAUUGGUUCAGAGGAUUCUCGAGGCCCACGCCAACGUCAAGGACUUGCCGUUGAUCGAGGCAAAGUUAAGUUACAUCAAGGCUUGGCAAUUGUUGCCGGAUCACGGUAUAUCUCUGUUUAUCGUCAGAUUUUCUGGCAAGAAUAAGGACGAGCUUCUCGGGAUCGCGAACAACCGAGUCAUGCGAAUGGACCUUCACUCGGGUGACCACGUGAAAACUUGGCGAUACACGACAAUCAAAGCGUGGAACGUCAAUUGGGAGGUGAAGCUCAUGAUGCUGCAGUUCGAGGAGGAGAACUUGUUUUUCGAGUGUCAAUCGGCCGAUUGCAAGGUUCUGCACGAAUUCAUCGGUGGCUACAUAUUCUUGUCGAUGCGCUCCAAGGAGACCAACCAAACGUUGAACGAAGAAAUGUUCCACAAGCUCACCGGUGGCCGGGAACACGUACCGCAUUAUUACAUCGAACCGAUUAACAAUUACAAUUGAAUUUUGCCGUUUAAUGAAGUACAUCGUGCAUGAACGAUUCAAGGAUUGUAUUUGAUUUUGAAUUUUCACUCUUGGUUUAAUUUAUGUAACGAAUUCAAUCAAAAGAUUAUUAAUCCCCGAAUGCAACCAAGAGUGAAAAUUACUUCACUAAACACUAUAUCAUGAUCGUCACAGCAUCUAUCGUCAUAUCAGCAGGUAGGGAAGGGAUCGAUAUAAGUAAAUAUUUAAUAUUUGUCUGCAAUGAAUUUUAUAUACAUAUGAGUAUAUUUACUUCGGGAAAGCUCAGGAUGAAGUCCGUAAUAUCAAUAGACGAAGAAUCGUCGAGAUUUUAUAUUGUACAUACAUAAGAAUAGAGGAUUGUUUUAUCGCACUUGAUGAUGGUUAUUAAAAUGUAACAUGUAACACCCAUUGAGACUACCGUAUUAACGCAAUGCAUAUACACACACACACGUAAUGAAUGAUUUUAUUUUUUUACGACGUAGUGGAGAAUAAGACAUGACGGAUGAUUGCAGAAGUGGGGCGCCGAUGCUUUGUCUUGUGAAAUCUUUUUCGAUACACAAAGUGCCUAUAUAAUAAAGGGAGGAAAGAGAUGAUUACUUAUACGUUACGAAUCACGCACACGAGAUUUAUACAUACGUUUUUUUUUUU